AUUUUAUCUGGCAAUCCAGUCAGCUAUUAAAAAAAAUACAGUGCUGACUUAGGCCUAGUCUCGGCUUGAAAUACGCAAAGUUCACCAUGGCUCAGAAGAGAAUAAAAAAGGAGUUGCUUGAUUUAGGUAAAGAUCCACCCACAAAUUGUUCAGCAGGACCUGUAGGAGAUGACUUGUUUCAAUGGCAGGCAACUAUCUUAGGACCAACAGACAGUCCUUAUGCUCAAGGAGUUUUUUUCCUCACAAUCAACUUCCCUACAGAUUAUCCAUUCAAGCCUCCCAAGGUGGCCUUCACCACCAGAAUCUACCAUCCAAACAUCAACAGUAAUGGUAGCAUUUGUUUGGAUAUACUUAGGGGACAGUGGUCACCUGCACUGACCAUCUCUAAAGUCCUUUUGUCCAUCUGCUCGCUGCUCACAGAUCCAAAUCCUGAUGACCCUUUAGUGCCAGAGAUUGCUCGCAUCUACAAAACUGACAGAGACAAAUAUUAUAAAGUGGCCAGAGAGUGGACACAGAAGUAUGCGCAGUGACAAAAAGGAGUUAUGAAGUUGUAUGAAGAUAUGAUCAAGUACUAGACUGCAUGAUUAUUUCUGAAACCUUUCACUGAUGUAUUCAACUGUUACUCAUUGACACACGCAUGUAGAAAUUAUAAGUCAUAGCUACCCAUAUGUAGUUGAAUGUUUUGGCCUAAUGCUCACUUUAAAAAUUUCUAAUAAAAUUCUUUAUUUGAUCAUACAUUUUGUACAGGUGUAUCAGUACAGGCCUAGACUUGUCUUACCUUCAGUUUUGAAAAAAACUUUUGUUAUCAAGCAAUAAAUGUUUUUUUUUUCCCUGUAAGUUUAAAAAAAAUGUUUGGGACCAAAGUCAUGAGCAUGACAAGUGUGGUCUGUCCAUGUCUGGUCAUGAGUGUAUGUGGAGACUUGUAAAUACAACUAUGUAUUAUCAAUGUAAAAUAAACACUUCAAGAAU